AUGGGUUUCGAUAAUGAAUGUAUUCUGAAUAUACAAACUCUUCCUGGUGAAUAUUUUUGCCCUGUUUGUCGGACACUCAUAUACCCCAACGAAGCUCUGCAAGCUCAGUGCACACAUCUCUACUGCAAACCUUGCUUGGCUUAUGUAGCAGCAACCACACAAGCCUGCCCUUAUGAUGGUUACUUAGUGACGGAAGCCGAUUCCAAGCCUCUGGUGGAUUCAAAUAAAUCACUUGCUGAGACAAUUGGUAAAGUUACAGUACAAUGCCUGUACAACAAGAGUGGUUGCCAAUGGCAAGGAAAUCUGUCUGAAUGCAACACACAUGGUACCGCUUGCGCCUAUGGGAACUCACCAGUUGUUUGUAACCGUUGUGGUACUCAGAUUGUACAUCGUCAAGUGCAAGAACAUGCUCAGCUUUGUCCUGGCGUGCAACCCCAAACACAACAGGCUGACGGUAGUCUUACACAGUCAUCAGCUGCAAUGACCCAGGCAGUCACCCAAGAUCCUUCUGCAAUUUCCUCUGUGGCGCCUGUAGCAGCUCCUACAGCUGGAGCUGUUACAGCUUCUGCACUGGUAACUGGUUCAGCUGGUGUGACCACAGCAAGCACGGUUGCUGUGGCCCCUUUCGCAGGGGCACCUACUUCUGCUACUCAAGGUCAAGCAGUUGCACCACAAAUUCAAACAGCUGAGCAGUACCAGCAGCAGCUCCAGUACCACCAGUACUACCAGCAGCAUUACCCUGGCUACAAUCCCUACACCCAGCAGUAUCAACAGUAUGGCCAAUACCAACAGUACACGCAACCUCAAACACAAGUGGCACCACAGAAUGUUGCUCAAGUUCCUGUACAACCUGCUCCAUAUGCUCAGCCUCAAUUCCUGCAGCCGUCACAGCCCCAACACAUGGUGCCAAACCAGUCCCAGAAUCCUCAACUCCAAGCACCAGCUGUUCAGCCACAGCCUCAGCAGAAUCCACCAUUGCAUUCAGCGCCUCAAAUUCCACAGAUGCAACCACAAGGUGAUGUACAACCUAUAGCCCAUACCCAAGUUGGUAAUCAGCCAUUUGCAAUGCCUGCAACUCAAGCAAUAGCCUCCCAGGUGCAGCCAUAUGUGCAACCUCAUCCUCCACAUCAUCAGCAGGCUGUUACCCAGCAACAACCGCAAAUGCAGUACCCACCUCAGCAGCAACAUCUUCAAUCUCAGGUGCAGCACCAGCAUCCACAAGUGCAGCAGCAAUCGUACCCACAACCUCAUGUCUAUCAUCAGCCUCAUCCAGUUGCACAAUCUCAGAACCCUUCAGUACAUGGGGUAGCAGGUCAUCAAUCAUAUUCGCAGCCUCAGCCAGCACAUCAGAUGCCACAUGGUGCUGCAAUCCAGCACCCUGUACAUGCAUCUCACCAACAGUUAGUUGGUCCUCAGCAUCCUGCACUUGUACACCCUCCUCAGGGUCAAUUUCCGUUGCAAGGUCAACAGCCAUCCAUGCUGGCUCCUCAAGGUAGUCAGCAUACCCCACAACAUCAGCAACAUGGGCAUCAGGCUCAGCGGCCACCAAUGCAUCCCAGCAUCCCUUCGCAGGCACCACCACAAGGAUUUCCUCUUAGCACACCCGUUCCUCCACAAACAGGUCAAUCAUACCAGCAAGGAAUGCACUCAAAACAACAACAGAUACAUCCUCAACCUUUCCAGCCCCAUGGUCCACAAUAUAUGCAGCAGCAGCAGCAUGUUCCAACCUCGACUAGCAGGUCUACGAGUUAUGUUGCAACACCGCAUCAGUUCCAAGAAUCAGGAAAGUCAGAAAGUGCAGCUAAUGCUACUGGCAAUGCUGAAGUAGGUGAUAAUACAAAUGGAGGCGGUGAAUAUUCUGGCAUAAAGCCAGAAUUGCUGGGUGAUAAAAAUGUGAAUGGGGAGCAGAAUGAUUUUAGUAAUAUCAGAAAAAAUGCGGUACAAACUGGCAUUGCAUUGGGUGUUGCAGAUGGUUUAGACAAAGGCAAAGGAAAGGAUGAGUCUGGUGUCCAGGAAAGUAAUUCACAGUCUGAAGCUUCAAAUAUAUCCAAUGAUCUUGAGAAAGGAGGAUCAUUGCAGCAGGCAUCACAGAAAGGCCAGGGAGCGCUGGGUUCCUAUGUGCCCCCAGGCAUGGGCCGACAGUGUCCAUCCGGACCUGAUACCAUGCUUUCUCAGCAUAUGCUCCAUCCUGGUCCUGUGCCAUGUACGCAAGCCCAGACGAAUCAAAUGAGGCCACCUAGUCAUAGUUUUCCUGAAAAUGUCCGGCCUACAGUGCAGCAACAACUAUAUGGUGUAUAUCAAUCUGAAAUGGCACCAAGGGCGCUUGCACCAAACCUUCCGCGGCCUGCACCCACCAGACCUGAUGAUGGCAUGAUUCGACCGUCCAUGGCUGGACCCUUGCCUGGACUUCAUGACACAACUAUGCCUCCUUUUGCUCCAGAAAAUGUUGGCCGACCACAUCCUGUUGGAAUGAGAAAUGGUGUUGGCGGAGAGCAGCUAGGAAAUUCCAGGGCUUUCCACGAAGAAGGGUUCAAUUCUUCACAGGAACAUUUCAGGUCGUUGGCGCCACCAUAUCCUGGCAGAUACAAUGUCAACCCUAAAGAUAUUGAAGAGAAUAUGAAGCAAUUUCCAGGGCCAACUCAUCUUGAUGAUGACAGUUUUCAGAGAGGCCCAAGGCCUUUUGAUGGUUUCGAUUCAUUACCUGGAAGGCCUCCAUUCCCAAACAAGCCAGGCCCAUAUCCUAUAGGCUUCCCUGAAGAUUUAUCAAGGAAGCCCCAUUCAAUUGUUGGCCAUCCUGACUUUGUGUCACCUGGUGCAGAAUUUGGCCAUCACAGGGUUGAUGGAAUGCCUAGAAACCCAGGUUCAUUUGUUCAAGGGAUGACAGCUGGUCCUGGAGGUCUUCGUAAGGACCAGCUAGGCCCUGGCAACCUUCCAGGGAGUAGACAGCAUGAUUUUGACAAUCCAGGGUUCCCUCAUACACAUUUCCACCCUGCUGAUAUUUUUCUUCCAAGAAAUCUUCAUGGUUCUGAACCCCUUGGGCAUGGUCAAUUGCAUGGAAUUGAACCUUCUGGCCACCGGUUCCAAGGACACAUACAUCCAGAUGAUCCAAAUUUUGAUGACUAUUCUCGACAUGGUUUUCCACAAGAAUCUGGCCGCUUCAGUUCGGGUGGUUUCUUCAGUAGUGGAGAUGUUGGUUGGUGCCGGAUAUGCAUGUUUAACUGUGGGAGUGCAGAGGACCUUGGUUUACAUGUGCAUACAAGAGAACAUCAGCAGCAUGCAAUGGACAUUGUUCUGAAAAUGAAGCAUGAUGUUGCGAAGCGACAGAAAAUGAAUCCUGGAGGCCCCAAGUCAUUAAACAAAAAAGUAGCCAUGAAGAGCAACUUCCAUGGAAAUAGGCGUUAG